UGACGAUGUCCACCGCGCGCACGCUUUUGUUAGGCACUCGCCCCACCCUCCAAAUCUGGAAAGGAUAGAUACCCCGCCAGCGCAACACAACCACCUCCCCUCCACUUCAAAUAACUUACGCUACCAAAUUACUGUGUUUCAAAGUUCACCCUCUUUCCAUUCUCUCGACUUCCCUCUCCGAACAAAUAAGCAAAUCCCUAAUUCAACAAAACCCUAACCCAAACCUAGGUCGCUGCAGCAUUUCCAACACCAAACAAUGGCCAGCGAUUCCGAUGCCUCUCGUCGCAAGCACCGACGAUCUUCCUCCGAUGACGAGGCGGAGAAGUCCUCGAAACGCCACAAACAUCGUCACCAUCACCACCGACAUCGCCACUGUCGUAGCAAGAAGCACGGAGAGGAUACAAAACAAGGCGGUGAAGAGAUCGUUCCUGCUACUCUUCCUCCUCCGGUUCCUGUUGCGAAUAGUAAUGGAGUUGAUAAUGAUGACGUGGAGGAAGGGGAGAUCCUUGAGGAGGAAGGUUCUGGUGGUGUCGAUGUCGAGGCCAAUGAAUUGCAUGAAGAAGUACCAGAUUCUCAGAAUCUGGGAUUUGACAAGAGUGACAUUGGUUCUGUGAAUAAUGAGGUCUGCCUUCGAAGAGAUUCCAGGGCUGAACUUCGAGAUGAGCUAGUUUCUAAAAUUGACUUGGAGGAUCUUGCCAAUGGUAAUUUAGGUCGUGAAUACCAUAAAGAUGAUAAGAAGAGGCACGUGGAAUCUAGGUCCCCUUCAAAGAGAAGUAACAAGCGAAAAACUAACCCAGAUAUCAAUACAACCUGGGGUGAUGAUAGCAAAUUAAGGGAUUGUAGAAAGUCAUCAUCUUCUGAACGCAGUGAGAAUAGGCAUAAGAGGGCACAAUCACCUUCGUGUGAAAGGUACCAUUAUGAGAUUCAUUCUAGGAGUAGAUCAAUGUCACGAGAUCUAGUUAGGGAGAGAUCGCAUUCUCGUAGCCAUAUUGAAUGCAAUGAUCUUUUGACAAGAAAAGGACGCCAUGACAGGGUUGAUUAUGACUCUGAUGGUAAAAGAAUGUCUCAAAACAGCAGGGAUCUUCGACAUGGCAGUAGAGAUUCAGUGAAAAAUGUGGAUAGGGAAAGCAGUGUUAGUUACAACAAAUCUUUUGAUGGAGAGGAUCGGUAUCACAACAAGAAUUCACAGGAUAGAGAGAGUAGCAAGGAGAGGGAGAAGGAGAGGGAACAACAAAGAGAGAAGGAACAAGAGAGAUGCAGGGAGAGGGAGGUGGAUCGGGUUAGGAGAAGGGGGAUGGAACAUGAGAGGAGCUGGGAAAGCUUCCAGAGAAGGGAGAUGGAACAUGAGAGUAGGGAAAGCGACCAUAGAAGGGAGAAGGAUCGGUAUGGGGUGGUAGACUGGGAAAGGAGGAGGGAUAAAGAGCGGGGGAGGAGUAGGGACAGGGUGGAGGGGAUAGAUAGAAAAAGACAGAAGGAAACAGAUUUGAGCAAACACAAAAAUAUGCAUAGGGCUAGUGACAGAGAUAGAGACAGGGAGAGAGAAAGGGAGAAGGAUAGGGAUAGGUACAGGGAAAGGGAUAGAGUUAGGGACCAUGAUCGUGGGAAUGAACAGGAAAGGGAGAGGCGAAAUGACAGGGAUAGGGAGAAAUCUAGGGAUAAGAGUGAUUCAGAAAAAUUCUAUAAUAUCAACAGCAAUUCUUUUGGACAGGGAAGAGACAAUCUAAAGAGAGAUGAAGAUGAACAGGAUGAUUUUGAAAAAAGGAUGGCAUUAAAAUUAGCUGAACAGGAAGAGGAAGAUCUCAAUAGAAUAAAGGAGGAGAGUAGAAAGCGAAGGGAAGCCAUUCUUGAAAAAUAUAGAAAUAAGCAUUUACACCAGCAGAAUGAGUCUCAAUCAGAAGAUGCAGACAAAGUAGAUAAGGAGCCUUUAGAAGGUCCUGUUAACUCAGCAGCAACCGACAAUGUUGCUCCAGAAACUCUCGAUGCUAGGACAGAUGGUGCUGAUGUUUAUGUUGCUGAGACAUCAUUUUCUGUUGGGAAAUCACCUUCACAUAAUGGAAGACAAGUUACUUCUGAGAGGACUUCAGGUGCUGCAGGGCUUGGAGAAGGUUCUCCAAAGAGUGAGAGAUCAGAUGAAAAAUAUUGUGAUGAUAUUUUUGGAGAGACGCCUGUUGGAGUUCGUAAAUCAGGUAAAGGAGAAGGUUUGCCAAUUGUGAGGAGUGGCCUCCAUGACAAUUGGGAUGAUCCUGUAGGGUAUUAUAGCUACCGAUUUGGAGAAGUACUUGAUGGUCGAUAUGAGAUUGUUGCUGCUCAUGGAAAAGGUGUCUUUUCUACAGUAGUUCGUGCGAAGGAUCUGAAGGCUGGCAUUGAUGAACCUGAAGAAGUGGCUAUAAAAAUUAUACGUAACAAUGAAACAAUGCGCAAGGCUGGGGAUACAGAGGUUUCAAUAUUGAAGAAAUUAGCAGGUCAAGAUCCAGAAAACAAGCGUCAUUGUGUUCGUUUUCUUUCAAGUUUCAAGUAUAGAAAUCAUCUUUGUUUAGUUUUUGAAUCUCUUCACAUGAACCUGCGUGAGGUCUUAAAAAAGUUUGGUCGGGAUAUUGGCCUUAAACUAACUGCUGUUAGAGCAUAUGCGAAGCAGCUUUUUAUUGCUCUGAAGCAUCUAAGAAACUGUGGUGUUCUUCACAGUGAUAUAAAGCCUGAUAAUAUGCUGGUAAAUGAGGCAAAAAAUGUGCUGAAGCUUUGUGAUUUUGGUAAUGCGAUGUUUUCUGGUAAAAAUGAAAUUACACCAUACCUUGUAAGCCGGUUUUAUCGUGCUCCUGAAAUAAUUCUUGGUUUGACAUAUGAUCAUCCAAUGGAUGUGUGGUCUGUUGGUUGCUGCUUGUAUGAGCUUUAUACUGGAAAAGUUCUAUUUCCUGGUUCUACAAACAAUGACAUGCUACGACUUCACAUGGAAUUGAAGGGCCCUUUCCCAAAGAAGAUGCUUAAGAAGGGUGCAUUUGUUGACCAACAUUUUGACCAUGAUUUGAAUUUUCAUGCUACAGAGGAAGAUCCUGUCACUAAAAAGAUUAUGAAAAAGAUUAUUGUGAACAUAAAGGCAAAAGAUAUUGGAUCUAUUAUUUCGGGUUCUCCUGGUGAGGAUCCAAAGAUGUUAGCGAACUUUAAAGAUCUUCUCGAAAAACUUUUUGUAUUGGAUCCUGAGAAGAGGAUGACAGUUAAUCAAGCGCUAGCUCACCCAUUAAUCACGGGCAAGUGAACCAUGUUGCUGAUUUUCUGACUCCAGAAAUGCUGUUGCGCUAGAUUUUGUACAUUAUGACCUAACUCAUUCAGAUAUCUAAUCAUUGCACAUUAUCUUUAUCUUAUGUGUUCUGGCCUCUGAGCUUUGAGCAGUUUUUGGCAUGGUUGACGUCAAAACUGGUGAUAUGUGGUCAACAGUACUCUUUACAGGCGGGGUUCAUUUCAGUGGUGUACUGGUUCUAUUGAUAGUCUUCCCCUGCAUUGAGGCAUCCUUCCAGUGCUUAAAUGCUUAAAAGGCACCCAGGAGAAGGUACCUUGGCUUGUUUAUUAGGAGCUUAUUUGAUAACCCCUUGAAAGUGCUAAAUAUGCUUUUUAGAUGGCAGUGCUGCUACAUCUGGCAUCGUCUUUUGUUUCACAAUAUGUAUGUGUUUGAGUUAUGUUAGACUUCAUAGGGAGUCUUUGUUCAUAUUUUUUAUGUGGUAAAUAUUAAUAUAUGUUCUAACUUAGUGAAUGCAUCUGAUCCAUGGCCUGUCAUUCUGGAGGCACUUGUUCUGGAGAUUUGCUGCUGCAAACUUGAAGUGAAAGUAAAUUUUAGGCUUUUAUCUCAUCCAUUUGCAGCUUUGGUAAGUAUCUGAAAACAAAUUGGUUACCCGAGCUUUGUACAUUUUUAAAAAUUGUAAAUAUUUGAUAUUUAGGUUCUUGAAUUUUGAUCUCUAAUGUCGGUAUAGUCUGUCUUUUUCAUCUGUCACAGAUGCUUCAUAAGAUUCAUGUAUUGCCUUCUAUGUGUAGUCGGUGUUUCUCUUAUGAAAGUUUUGUCAGUUACUUGAAUAUAGAACAUAGGAUGUGACGAAAUAUUAUUGUGAAGCAUAAGCUUCAGUCAAAACUGCACUUGAAGGAGGAAAUCUAGUUGAAGUUGUAGGCACUUUUUUUACAGGUCUGUCCUACCAAUGAUAAAGUUAUAGUUUAAUAUUGACCAAUUAACAUGUUUCUGAGUAGCUGGAUAACUUUCCUUUACGUUUUACAAGUUAUCUGUGUUAAUUUCAUUUGUUUGAAAAUUGAAACCCUCUUUGUGAUGGUUGUGAUCACUGAAACCCACAGUCACUAUUAGGUGAAGUUUGAUCCAAUUGGCUUUUUGAUCUCUAAAUGGCAAUAUAAUCCUUGCAAAAAAAAAACAAAAAACAAACCGAUACAUGCAGUCCUCAACUUUCAUUCUGUGUCCUUUUUAGUCCCCAUCGAUCAUUGUCAUCUGAGAUGAUGUUUUAGACAUCUGUCAAGCAUGUGUGGCAUUAGACCCAAAUAUUUUUCUGUGAGCCUCAACCAUGACUGGUAGCUAUGGAUCGGAAGAAGUUGAGUUAUUUGUCUUUCAUAGCCUACCCUGACAUCACGUGUCGACAUUUACAUUUAGGAAGAGAGCAUUUUGUGUUUGGACACGUUGUCAGGAAAGUAGGUUGUUUGGAGAAGUAUUAUACAAGCUACAGGCUUUCAAGUUUAUCUAUUUUUUAUUUUGUGCACAAAGGGUGAGGCUUGGCAAUAUGUGGUCCAUUGAUAUUCUCGGGUUCCAUGGCUUUCAUCUACCCUCAUGAUCUAUGACCUUAACAAUGUGAGAUCUGUAUUCACUUUCCCAAUUGAGUAUGGCUACAAGGAUCGUUCUAGGUCUAUGUUUGGGUGUAGAAUAGAUAAACAGGGGAUGGAGAGGGAAAGAGAAAGUAAUGACAGUGAGAUUAAAAUGUAGAUUUGAAUAUUGAUGUUAACAUGAAUGAUGCUUUUUUUUCAUGUUUUUUAAUCAGAUGGGUUCUUUUCCUUUUCUUUUUCAA